CACGAGGUCCAGGAAAAAUGGAACCCUCGGAGGUACCACUCAGUACCAGCGAAAAGGAUUACUCCAAUCCGCAACUGCUGCAUCGGUAUCUCUCUCAAGAGGAUGUCGAACACCUGCGCGAAUUGUUCAUCAAACGAAAACAGCUAGCACCGGAAGAAUUGCGCGCGGAGCUACUGAAAGUGUCCGGUGUGCAGUUCAGUGAUGAAGAAUUCGAAACGCUGUUUAUGAAAAUCAAUACUAAUCGAGAUAAUUUCUGUCAAUGGGAUGAAUUGGUUAGUUAUCUGAUUCUAGGAUAUCAAAACGAUGAUCCACUCGCGGUACAAGAAUCGCUAGAUCUACCAAUUUCAUCGGAUUUAAGUUUAAAACUUGGACGGCAAACCUAUCCAGUGUCUAAAAUCGAAUACAGCCCAUUUGUGUCGUAUGAUGGUACAGUGAACUGGUCUCAAGGUUCGUGGAUAACGUCGACCCGGGAAGCUGUUAUCAAUUUCUGGAAGCGUGAUUGGAAACACGAAAAAACUGGAAAAGCCUUUAGCGUUGAUUUGAAACGUGCCAAAACAAUGCUUUUAGACACAGCAGUGCUUCCCGAUCAAUACACUUUCUGCGUAGCUUGUUUGGAGUGCGAACUUCGCUUCUACGACAUCAUCGCAUCUGGAUUUACCUUAAAAACUAUCGUCAACAGAAUACCGAAUGCUAUAAAUACUCUGUUUUACUACUUUGGGUCAAACUCCAGAAGCAAACUUCUGCUAGGAGACUACAUAGGGUUCGUACGAAUUAUAGAGUUUUAUCCGGAGAAAAAAGAACCGUUCAAGUUUGACGCAGGUUCCUCAGUCACCAAAAUGAGCUUCCGUGACUUGUUAGGUCGUCAUUGCCCUCAAAUGGUUUGCAUUGACUAUGGUCGAUUGUUACCGGAUAUUGUGCGACAAAUUCACUUUGUCGAGGAGACCAAUUCAAUUAUGGCAUGUUCGGAAAAUGAUCCACUCGUUCCACAAAAUCAACGAAAUAAACUACAAAAGUCGCUGGUGAUUCAGCACUGGGUAAAUCGUGAUAAAAGAACUGAGUUCAAAGUUCCAAAGGGUGUUACCUGCUUUGCGUACGAACACGUAAAGGACUUAGUGGUUACCGGGGGUCCAGACGGGCAGCUAAGAUUGUGGGACAGUCGACGUCCUGAGACGCCAACAGUGACUCUUCCCGGACACAACGCUGGAGUCGCAUUCGUUUUCCUUCAAGAUGAAGCCCAGAAGAUAUAUAGCAUGGAUCAGAAAAAGAUCGUUAAGAUUUGGGAUGUGCUAAACCGAAUAUUGAUUCAAACGUAUAACGGUUUUGCAAGUAACCUAUACAAAACAGUACCAGCUUGUGCUUUGUACAGUGAUUCAAACCGGGAACUGCUUAUUGGAGCGAACAAAGUAUUAUCUGCAACUUGCUGUCCCAAAAUACCGUUGGAGGUUACCGAUGGUGAAAGUCACACUCAACCAAUUUCGGUCCUUCUAUAUAACCCUCUAUUCAAAGUUGUGAUCAGCUGCGGUCUGGAUAGUUUCAUAAUCGUAUGGGAUCACACGAUCAAUCGAAAACUGACAGUUAUAACCAAUGCCCACACACAAAUUAUCAAUGGUUUACAGGAAAAAGUGCAAAUAACUACCGCCUGCUUCGAUCCGAAACUGCAGCUGCUACUCACCGGUGCCCGCGAUGGAACUAUGAAAAUCUGGAACUUUAACAGUGGUACCCUUAUGAGCUCAAUGAGCAUCGAACAGGAUUGCGAAGUAACCGCCGUAUUUUGGGAACCUACCAGUAUUCUAGCAAUGGGUUGGAAUUACGUUGUUUGUGAGUUUCCCGUUGGUCAAUCCGGAAUGGACUUUCCCAGCAAUGUCGAAUGGCAAAAGCUUCAUUCGGAUGAUAUUCUCUGUGCUGCAGUAACUCACAGUGAACCCAAAGCAAUGGCUACCUGUAGCUAUACGGGUGAAUUGAUUUUUUGGAUGUUACAAACAGGACAACCGUAUCGCAGAUUUGACGCCGCCAAACCAACGAUAAAAAUUCCAGUUAAUUUUCUACGCAAGAAAGCUCCCACAGCUCCCCCACGAAGAACAACCCGGGUAUCUAUUUUUCAACCUCAGGAUCAUUGGAAACACCGUAGAUUGACGCAGAUUGUGAUGCCGGUGACGGUUGAACAGUUGAGACAAUUAACCAUUCAUAUGUUGUUAUUUCUGGAAACUCGACCAAUGCACCCGGAGUAUGGAACACUUUUCGCAUCUUUGGAUACUGGAACCAUACAAGUUUAUUCUCAUCAUCCGGAUGGAGGUUACAUGGGUGGUUUCCGAACCAGCCACAUGGCAGGAGAUCGAGUAGUUACUAUGACAACGGAUGCAGAAAACCGAUUCCUUUUCACGGGAUCGUAUCUAGGAUAUUUGAAAAUUUGGCUAAUAGAAAAUUAUCUCAUACCGGAAAGUAAACAGUCAAAAAUAAACCGUGCUGCCUUUAGACUACAAUUUUCAUUCUUGCGAGAAGACAUUAUACCUGGUCGAGCGAAACGUUCGGUAACCAAUCAAGCUAACCCAUGGUUAUUUAAUUCAUACCAAGCUCAUAGAAAUUGCAUCACCGCUUUGGUUUUCAUCGACUCUACGAAAAUUGUUAUAAGCGCCAGCAGCGACAGAACCAUUCGUAUGUGGUCCCUCAAUGGCCGCUACAUCGGACUGUUUGGUAGUCCGGUGAAAUGGACUAUGCUCGAUCCGGAUGUCCCCAUCCCAACUGAUUAUCUGUUUCGAAUACCUCCGGAUCUUCAACGGGAGGUUAGUUUUACCACGGCUCAAGUUCUGCGCGGUGGUGAGCGCGUAAUUAAAUUCAAGAGCCGCAUUCUGCAAGAAGCCAGCGAGCGCCGUCGCACGGAAGCAAUCGAGACUUACGGAAAACCCCUUGAGGAACCCAUCUUGAAUGCUAAGAAUUUCCCCUUCAUGCAGCGAUCCGGUUACGUUCCGGAUCCGAAGAUGGAUUUUUCAUUCCGGGUGGCUCCAAUUUUCGAACACUUAAGCAUUCAAAAUAUAGUUCGCUUGCAACAUAUUGACACCGAGAGUGCACUCAGAAAAAUAAAGGAGCUUGAUUUUUCCCAAGACGGAGACCGAAUCGAUUCGUACCAGGAGAAAGAUCAGAACACAUUGCAAUGAUACUGCCUUGAUGAGAGCUCAUUAUACUAGUGUUAGAUUCGUAGAAAAUUUGCAAUAAAGCUGUAGAUUGUAGAAUUAUUCUUACACUUGAUAAACCGUCAUGGUUCAGUACCGAAAUGAUUCAUAAAAUUAUGCUUUUGCAGAAAUCGAGCAAAAUAACCUUCGAUGUUAAUUGAAUAAACUUACAGACUUUCUUAGUAUUGAUUAAAAACACUAAAUUCCGCCAGGCUUUGGAUGAUAAGCUACAGGUCGCAU